CCGCGAGGACACAUCGCUCAGCGCACCGUGGAGAACCCGUUCAGGUCUCCCCGACGGCGACAGCUACAUGCUGUCGAAGAGUGGGAACCGCCACGCGCUGCCGCAGUGUUUGUGCGGGCUUCUGCUCCACCAAGGACUGAAGCAGAUGGCGCUAGUGCCAUUUCCAGCCAACAACGACCCAUCGGGUGUCCGUGAUGAUAUGGAUAUGGGUAGAUAUGGCGGUUACGACCGUACGGCGCCGCAAGUUUGGAACGCGCCGGCGAUCCCGCAGCCGCCAACAUUCUCGGGCUCGAUCAAAGCCGAAAGACGAGCUUUUAUGCUCGAGUACCUGAAGUACCUGAGGCAGAUCAACGAUAUGCAGUGCAAUGGAUCGCGUGCGUUCGCGAUGUCCGUGAGUGCCUGCAUGAACCCGUUUUCGAAGCGCCGGAUCGCGCUGCUCGAUUGCAACCGCGACCACAAUUCCAUCACGAACUAUGAGUGGGUCGCAUGGUUCAAGUCGGCCGGCGAUUCGUUUCGAACGAAGAUCUUGGACGUGGAGUCCCGCGUCGGUCGCAUGUCGGACGAGAUGAUGCGCUCGUUGGCAUGA